GUACAGUUCGUCAUUUAACAAAAACAGUAAAGCCACAAAUCAUCUGGUCAUUUUUUUUCUCUCUCUAAAGACACCCGAAACGACAAAUGGCAAAGCAGUAGUAAAGAUAUAAAUAGUUACUUUCUGCCUACCAUACUGCUGAAAAAUAAUAUUCCCAGAUCGUUGUAUUUGAGAUGCGGAACCGAAACUUGACAUGUAACUAUCAUGUGACGGUCAUAUUUUAGAUGUUAUAGCGAGAGUUGUAUCAGGUUUGGUCUUUGUUUUUAAGUUGUGAAAUUUGCAGUUUUCAUUUAUGUAAAGGAAUGGAUGUUCUAUUCAAGAUAGCUGUGAUUACGUUAAUCACAUUCAACUUACAAUUAUUCGGACGCUCGCAACCACAACACGAUCCUGUCAACAACAAAGACAGCAGUGCGCAGUUGCAGUUUAAGACGGAGAUAAUUGAUGCCCAAUUUAAUAGCACCCUUUAUAUAAAAAACGUGAGUCUGGAGCAACAGUAUUUAUUUGUCUAUAGCUACAGCGAAACUAACAAGACAACAGCAGUACGUAUUUCUGCAUCCAGCAAAGAAGCUGACGGCAACUUCCCUAUUACUUUUGUAGUACGUCAGCAAGAGGGUAUUCUUUCUUGGCAGGUCCCUGUGUAUAUUGAUUAUGUUUAUAAAUUCCAGUUUGUGGACCGCACUCUUUGUCCCAUGGAUAAGACCAGGAGGCUGAACAUGACAACACAGCAGCACAUUUUUGUUGAUGUGGCCACGAUGUCUAACAGUAAUAUCAGCUUCAGUCUCAUGGCCAAGCUCUUGCCUGAUUUUGAACUGGUACAUGAUGUGACCAGAAAUGUGACAACAUCACCAUCACAGCCUCAGUAUUACAUGUACACCUUUCCUGAGGAUGUUGACACAGUCUUGUUGAAGGUGACGUCAGAUGAUAACCUCUGUGCAGUUGUCUCAGUGCAACAGAUCAAGUGUCCUGUGAUGGAUCUAGACAACAACAUUGGCUAUGGGGGAAAGCAUCAAACUAUGACUACACAAGCUGCGAUGUUUCUCCAGAAAAGCAACUAUCAACAAUUUGCUGCCUUCUAUGUGGUCAUCGUGGUCAAGCCCAUUAAUGCAGACUGUUCAGUGCAAGAUAUCAUUCGUCGUGCUGAACCUGAGAGUGUGACAAGCAAGAAUCUCUCUAUUGUGAUUACACGCACAAUCCCAAGUUCACAGUACUACAAGGCUAUAUUCAGCGCUCUUAGUAUUUUCUUAGGGUUUUACAUAGUUGCUGCCAUCAUUGGCUGCAUCUAUCAUGGCUGUGGGUGUCACAGAAACAUCAUGGACUUGACCCAUGCUGAGAAAGAAAAGCUUUUGGGCUGUACCUCAAUGACUGGAAGUGUAGAAGGUAGCCAAGGGCAUCAGUGCUAUGAUAGCCAAAGCAGCAUGUUAUCUGAUGGCAAUAUCUCAGAGUGUGAAAACCAGCUUCUGACAAGAUCACAACUGUCAGCUUAUGGUUCCAUAAUGAAAAAUCCGCUGUCGGAAAGCAACCAUUCUGCAGGAUCAGGUAAUAUGGAACCUAAUGUUAGUACUUCAUACAGAAGCAGCAUUGGGGACAAUGAUGAUGAACUGGACACAUCUGAUGUUGACUUUCUACCUGAUGCUGACUUCGAAAAAGAUGUCUUGAGGGCUAAGACAGUGCUGUAUGUCAGUGACUUGGCUCGGAAGUCUUACAAGAGGUUGUCCAAAACUUUCAAGGUCUAUCACUGGAACCUCAUUACCAUUGCCAUUUUUUAUGGCUUGCCUGUAGCCCAGCUGGUCUUGACUUACCAACAGGCUUUGCUGGACACAGGCAAUGAUGAUCUGUGCUAUUACAACUUUGACUGUGCUCAUCCCAUUCAUGACGUCAGUGCCUUCAACAACAUUAUCAGCAACAUGGGUUAUGUCCUCCUGGGUCUGCUGUUCUUUAUUCUGGUAUGGCGAAGAGAUUUAUUGCAUCGAAAGCUUGUGGUAGAAAACCCAGAGUUAGAGCGCUGCUAUGGGAUUCCACAGCACUAUGGGCUGCUGUAUGCCAUGGGUCUAGCUCUUAUUAUGGAGGGUGUCACAAGUGCCUGCUAUCAUGUCUGCCCCAGCUAUUCUAACUUCCAGUUUGAUACAUCCUUCAUGUACAUUAUUGCCUGUUUGUGCAUGCUGAAGAUAUAUGAGACUCGCCACCCUGAUGUUCAGGCCAAAGCCUACAAGUCUUACUUCUCUAUGGCUCUGCUUAUCUUCAUAGCUGUCCUUGGAGUGGUGUAUGGUUCCAAUAUUUUUUGGAUUUUUUAUGCCCUGGUGCACAUGCUGAGUAGCCUAGUGCUCAGCGCACAGAUUUAUUAUGUCGGACGCAUCAAACUAGAUCGCUAUAUCGUCAAACGCCUUUUUGUACUCCUUGCAUCUGACUGCUUCCAUUGUAUUAGGCCCACAUAUCCAACCCGUUUCCUGAUGUUAUUUGUGGGUAAUGUCAUCAAUUGGACAUUUGCCCUUUAUGGCGCCAUUGUCCACCCAAUGGACUUUGCUAGCUUCUUACUGGGUAUCUUCAUUGGCAACCUCCUCCUCUAUCUUCUCUUUUAUAUACUUAUGAAGUUGGUGAGCGGCGAGAAGAUCAACUUGUUAACAGUCCUGUGUAUUGUUGCUGCCAGCAUCACAUGGGCCUUUGCUCUCUACUUUUUCUUUCACCAUCUGUCAUCUUGGAAGAUGUCGCCAGCUCUGUCCCGGGAAAAAAAUCGACCAUGUGUGCUUCUGGAUUUCUAUGAUGCCCACGAUGUAUGGCAUUUCCUGUCUGCUAUCAGCAUGUUCUUUUCUUUCCUGAUCUUGCUGACUUUAGAUGACGACAUAACUCUACAGCCUCGAAACAAAAUCCCUGUCUUCUGAGAUUACUUGGUGCCUGGCUGGAUAAACACAUUGUACAUGUGUGUUUCGACAAGGAUAAGGAAUGUCUGAGAGUUUGUUUAUAUGUGGGUGGUGAAGAAGUGGUGUGCCAUGGACUGGUUAUGCAUAUGUUGAAAGUUGAGAUACAUACAGCUACUGUUAACUUAAGCUAUUUUUUUUAUUUGUAUUUUAUAUUUCAUUUUAAAGGAUGUAAAUUGAAUCCUUUAAAAGAGCAUGUUACUCAUACUAAGUGCAUGCAACUUUGGAAAUCUUUGAAAGAUGUAAUGUCCCCUUCUCUCUUGUUAAAGUUUGCCCCGAUAUUCAACCUUGCAUAAUCUACUCUGUGGCACUAUAUAAUCUAUAUCAGUUUAUCAGAUUGUCAUCAGUGCCACAGAGUAGAGAAUGAUAUUCUCCUCCUGAAGAAUUUCUCUUAACAUUUUUAACUUCAUUUGGUAUUCCUUUGUGGUAAGACAUUCUACUCUACAUGGCAGACUCACAGAUCUUUGAAGGUAUAGUUUUGAUCUUAGUUUGUUAUCAGCUUGACAGUUUUCAUUCUGCUCUACAUGGUAGGUUCAUAGAUCUUUGAAGAUAUAUCUUUGAUCCCAGUUUGUUAUCACCUUGAUAUAGUCUUUAUUCGGUGAUGCCUAAUAGUGAUGUUGACUCUGGUUAAAUGCAGGACCUUUAUGCAAUGUUACUGUACUGCAAAACAGUGGAAUUUUCUAUCCUUCCAUGUUUGCCAUCUAUCUACCUACCAUCAAAUUCUUUAAAUGUGCACCAAAAACACAUCUGUUCCAUGGGCAUUACUCCUUACACCAAUCAGCAUAUUCAUCAAUAGUUAUGAUUAUAGUCAUUUGACUAGUCCACCUGCACAUUUUCCUCUGCAGAUUUAUGACACUUUCCAUCUUUAUUAUUUUCUUUAUGCCUUAUGCCUUAUUAUUUGCUCCCUGAUUCCUCUUUGGAUCUUUAUGUUUGUCUUUUAUUACUUAUAUGCAUAGUUGUUUCUCCUUUCAUCCUUCAUACCCUAUCCAUGUCUCCUACUUAUGCCCUUAGAGCAUGCUUCUUUGUGUGAUUAUGUGCUAGGUAAAUCACAGGUUUUAUUACUUUAACUAUUAUUAUAAAUGACUGAUUGUGUUGUUGACGUUUUGUUUUCAGUGUUACACAUUUGUAUUUUUCUGGGGGUUUUUGUGUACCUUUUGGGGUGGGAUAUUAGGGAGGAAUUGGAGAGAUUUGUUUUCUUUUGCCAUCCUAACCAUGGCUUGAUUUUCUGCUGUUUUUAUAGGUGUCAUCUUUUUCAAAAAAAAACAAAAACAACUACAGAUAAUAUAUUUUACUUUUACUUUUUCCGCAUUCACAAGUGGUGCUCAGAAAUAAUAUGCUGCUGAUGUUAUACUGCAGCCACAGGUCGAAUGUGUGGUGGUGGGAGUUAGAUGUUGAUUAGACUGUUAUUCCAUCAUAAAGUUUCAGAGAAACUUCUUGUUGGAUGAAUGAACUAUAUAAAUAUUCAUACUUGUUGCUGGUGGUGCUACACAGCAGAAAAGUUGUAAUACUGAGUGCAUGUAGACAUUCUGUGAUGCUGUAAAUUCAUCAUGUACCCAUGGAUAUGUGUGUUUACAUGCAUUCUCACAAGCUUUUGUGCAUCUGCAUAUUUGUGCACAAAGACACACAAAAAGUAGUCUGUAUCUUUUUUUUUUGGCUACAUAUUGUUGAAGAUAAUGUGGUAGAUGUCAAGCAGUCUAAUAGAUAUCUAACAAUAAAGACAGAUAAUUUUAUAUUUUC